UCUUUGUUGGCAUUUUUUUUUUUUUUCCCUCUGACGCGGCUGGCUGGUUGGCUGUCACGUAAAACUGGCAUCUCACCUCCGGGUCGAAAAUCUUUUCAGACGAACAGUGAUGCCUUCCAGAGGCCAGUACUAACAAGGCCGCUGCUGAUUAGCCUGCGUGAACCUCCCUCUGUUGUCGUCGUGCCGAGUCCGCCGUCAGUCUGGAUGAGAAGAGAUGAGCCUCUGCGAUCCCAGAAGCCGUCACAAUGAGCAUGAAGAACCUGGGCGGAGCCUUGGGGGACUCCCUGGGUUCUAGCCUGGCGGUGCGGAUGAGCGGAUGGAGCGCUCUCUCCUUGAAACCUGUGGCCCCGGUGCGCAUCGGCUCCAUUUUCCAGACCAUGGUUCCCACUGGCUACACCAAGCUGCAGGAGGAUCGAUUAGCCAUGGUGGACCUGGGGGGGAAACCUGAGGUCAGCUCGCUGCAGAAUGGCUACAGACAGGAGGCCACUCACAUGGAGGGCCGGCGGAUCGUGGAGCGGACCUCCCGCUCCUCCAUAACUUCAGACUGUGGAGAAGGGGGCUGCGCUGAGACAGAGCCCAUGCUGGCAGAGUGGAGGCUCUCUGGGGACGACGCCAGCGACGAGGAGAAGGAGGAGGAAGAGAAGGAUGCGGUGGAGGUGCUGGGGUCAGAGGGGUCCAAUAUGCCCAAAGAGUCACCGCUAGCCAUGGCUUUGCAGAUACUGGUGCCUUUUCUCCUGGCUGGCUUUGGAACGGUGUCAGCUGGAAUGGUGCUGGAUAUUGUUCAGCACUGGGAGGCCUUCCAGUUCAUCACAGAGAUCUUCAUCCUGGUUCCUGCUCUGCUGGGCCUGAAGGGGAACCUGGAGAUGACUCUGGCCUCCAGGCUGUCCACAGCUGUAAAUGUUGGGAAGAUGGACUCUCCUAUAGAGAAGUGGAACCUAAUAAUCGGCAACCUGGCACUGAAGCAGGUCCAGGCCACGGUGGUGGGGUUCCUGGCAGCUGUAGCAGCCGUCGUGCUCGGUUGGAUCCCAGAGGGGAAGUUUCAGAUGAGCCAUGCUGUUUUGCUCUGCUCAAGCAGCGUGGCCACGGCCUUCAUAGCCUCCCUGCUGCAGGGUAUCCUCAUGGUCGGGGUAAUUGUGGGGUCGAAAAAGACCGGCAUCAACCCGGACAACGUAGCCACACCCAUCGCUGCCAGUUUUGGUGACCUCAUAACUCUGGCCAUCCUGGCCUGGAUAAGCCAAGGCCUCUACAAAUGUCUGGACUCCUAUCCUUACGUAUCAUCGUUGGUUUGCGCCUUCUUCAUGUGUCUGACUCCUCUGUGGAUCGUCAUUUCCUCCAAGCACCCGGCCAGCCGCACGCUGCUGUACUCCGGAUGGGAGCCAGUCAUCACCGCCAUGGUCAUCAGCAGUAUCGGAGGACUCAUUCUGGACAAAACGGUGUCUGACCCUAACCUAGCCGGCAUUGUAGUAUAUACUCCAGUUAUCAACGGUAUUGGAGGAAACUUGGUGGCCAUCCAGUCCAGCAGGAUUUCUACCCACCUGCAUUUCCACUGCGCUCCGGGAGAAGUUCCUGACGAGGCCAAGGGCUGCUACUACCCCUGCCGCACAUUCUGUGGCACAGGAGCAAAUCAUCGCUCAGCUCAGGUUCUGGUGCUUCUGGUGAUCCCCGGCCACCUGAUCUUCCUCUACACCAUCCAUUUGAUGAAGAGCGGCCACACCACACUCACCCCCAUCUUCAUGUCUGUCUACCUGGCUGCUGCUCUACUGCAGGUUCUGCUGCUGCUGUCCGUAGCAGACUGGAUGGUUCACUCCAUGUGGCGCAGCGGCAAAGACCCAGACAGCUUCUCCAUCCCCUACCUGACGGCUCUGGGGGACCUGCUGGGCACGGCGCUGCUGGCGCUCAGCUUCCACUUCCUGUGGCUCAUCGGAGACCAGGACAGCGACGUGGGGGACUGAGCCAGCCGCCGCAGCUGGAACACCCAGCUCUAGCGCCCUCUAGCGCCCUCUUGCUCUGAUGGUACCCGGUUCAUUCUCGCAUGGCUGCUUCACAUUCUGGAUGGAACUUUGUCCACAAGUUGGGAUACAGACUCACUUCCUCUUCUGCCUUGUUUUCUUACAUGUUGAAGGCUUCAUACUCUUAACUUAGGACUCUGAUUUUUGUUGGGUUUUUUGCAGCCAUUCUGAUCUGCAUCUUUUGUACCAAAGCACUUGAGUUUUAUUCUUGCGGGUUUUGUCGAGAGGAGAACGAAAACAUGGGCUCCUUCUCAUCGAGGAGGUGGAAAUAUUUUGGAAAUUUUUUUUGCACAAGUAAUCCCAAAACGAACUCCCUAUGAAAAGCCAAGACCGCAACGGCUGAAUGAGAGAGAGAACUUUAAAGCAGCGACUGACAGAAUCGUCUGAAACCGGAACAGCCUGCUAACAUCCUCCAUUCAGCCUGUUUUAGUACGCACACACACACACACACACACUUCUGUUCCCACAGGUUCAUUCCGCCUUCAUCACAUGGGCUUCAUCAAGGUUUACGAAUGUUUUAAAGAGUCCCCCCUCCAUCUGUUGCUGAGCAACUGCUGGUCAGCUGGCUGAAUGAAUAUUUUUCUCACACUUGCAAAAACAGCAGAAUUAUGCAGUUUAAUAUUUCUGCUUACAGAAGAGGAACGUUGGUGUCCCCUAACAUCUUUUUGGUAACACAUGGUACUUUUACUGAAUUUUCUCAUGAUGCCUUGUGAAAUAACGGCUCUGCUCAGAAUAAAUAUUUCAUUAAUUAUCACAUCAUUAAUCAUUAGCAUAUGUAGCAGUCAAAUGACGGAGCUGAUGAAACAAAAGAAAUAAAAAGCUGUUUAUCUAUAAAUUUUUGUUUAUGCUUUAAAUUCCAUUAAUUAUAUUCUAUAUUUUAUUUUUGUCAAUUUUGUAAACCUUACAGUUCCUGUUGUUAAAUUCUGUGUUCUUGUUUUGUGUCUAAGCAGGAAGAGGAAAUAAUCUAGUUUCUGUUUGGAUGUCUGGAUGCCAGUUCGCCCCUUCGCCAGUUUAGACGUCCUUAUUAAUACAAUCUGAGUUCAUUUCAGUUGGUUGGUUGGUAUUUUUGAAUAGUGCAGCCACAUAGUUGUACUAAAAGCUCAAAUUUGCUGUAUUUUCAAACUGGAUAUUAUUCUCUCCGGAUGCACCGAUAGUUUUUUCCUGGUUUAUCACCGAUCUUUAAAAAGUCUGACCUUUGAUUUUGAUUUUGGCCUAUACCAGUUUAAUAUUUUUGUCUGUAAAGUUGCUACAUAUAGCGACAGUCACAACAACCGUUGCCUGGUGGGCGGGGCUUUCAGUCAGCCCUGUGUCACAGCAGAGCAACAUGGACAGUUGCUGAUUUUUAGAUCUGUGCAAAGAUGGAUAAUAUCGGUUUCUCGUGUAUCGACUGAUCUCCCAAAAUUAAGAAAAUCGGAUCCGGUUGAUCAGUUCACUCCCCAGUCCAUUGAUUUUUGUUCUGACCCGCUUUUGGCUUUAAGGCGCUUUUGUGAAAUUAUGAACGUUGGUGGAACCAAAAUCCCAUAAGACAUUUAUUGAAGCGACAUAAUCACGUUUCAUUACAGUUGACCUCACGUAGGUUACAGAAGAUAUUCUGUGUCAAAACAAAAUGGCGAAGGGGCAAAAUGGUUGUAACGUUGCUGUUUCCAUGGUGUUGACUUGCAUACCAGCAAACAGCCGUCAAUAUUCAGCAUAACCUGACUUGACAGCAGUUUUGUGUUCUGUUCUCGUUUCCCAGGUGAGUUCCAUCUGAAGGCUCUUCAGUGGAGCUCACCUUUUUCAGGGAGCUGAUUCUAGGUGACGGCUGCCACAGCAGCAGCAAACAUGAGGCUUCUGCAACACGAUCAGCGGCUCUCAAGUUUACACAGCCUGCUGAAAUGACUGCUGGAAAGAUGUAAAGGAAAUGGCGACGUAAUUUUUGGCAUAAUUUGCCUUUUAUGUUCCAGAAAUCAGCUAAAUCUGCUGGAUUUAUUUCUGCAGUCUGCACAUCCGCUUGGUCUCACUGUGAAGCUGAAAAAUCAAACCCAUCUUCAGCCGUUUGUAAUUUUAUCUGCCUUUGCAAAAACCCAGUUCCAUCUGAAGAAAAGUAACUCAAGAGCAGGAUACUGUCACUGUUACUACAUCACUGAUAGCAGCCAUCUUAGCAGGUGUGUCUGAGCCGCUGUGUUCAUAAGAGCCUCUCCUUCUCCUCCAUGUGCCUCUAGAGAUUCACUAGCAUGGUGUUCUCACUGCUGUCAAUGCAAGUUUCUUUCUACUGCUUUUACUUUGUUUCAAAUGACACACCCACUAUUGGGAAUGAAAUAUGUUAUUAAUUUUCUUUCUCUUUUUUAAAUUAAAAAAAAAAUUUUUUUUUCGAAUAAUUAAUACAACUGUGCAAUCUUGUUCUCUCUUCUAGCUCAUAUGGACCUAAAUAAAUGUUACUAAUUUGAAACAUGAA